UGUCUGUGUCUGUGUCUGUGUCUGUGUCUCUGUUCAGCUGGUUGUUCAUUUUCCUCAUGUUUUUGAGUGAUCAUAUCUGUGUAUUAAUAUUGCAGAACUACCAGUUUUAUUAUUUUAUUUGGUUUAACCACUGCGGUCGUGUUUGUGUCAUGAAGCACAACACAUUUUAUGUUAUACGGCUGUGCUUUGUCUCAUGAAUCAGUGUGCGAUUACUUUAAAUAAGUGAAAUUACAGCAUUGUUUGGAAAAUUCUUUGAUGCCUUCUGCAACCAUCUGGACAGUCUUUGGAAAUCACAAUAAUUGUUCCAGUGGUAACGAGACAGGUGCACUGUGGGAAUAAUAUACAAAUAGGGCUGAAUAUUGAAUGCUGUUUUUGGCUCUGUUUGUCCUGACAUAAUGCGUUUUACCUCAGAUCACAGCAGCAAACACACAAUUACAUAUUAAGUCAAACAAACCAUACACUCAGAGAAUCAGACGUCAGGUUUUCAUGUGGUCUGUCUCUCAGAUACACGAGCAAACAGGGAGAGACUUCAGAUGUGGUCACUAUUGUGUCUGUGAUGAACCAAUGUUUUGUUCCUCAAAUAGAUCAAUAUCACCACAGUCUAAAUGUGUGUUUGCAUAAACAACAACUGCAGCAGAGCAAAAGCGCACGAUCACACAAGAGCACAGACACACAGAUACACAAGAUCAGAGCAACUGGAACCUGUUGAGUGAGAAUGAAACCCUCAGGGUGAAAACACACACACACACACACACACACACACACACACAGACCUUAGAAUCUAUAUUAGUGAGCACAUCUCAUAGUCACAGUGGUUUCAAUAUUCAUUUAAAGGGAUAGUUCACCCAGAAAUUUAAAUUCUCUCAUCAUUUACUCAUCUUUUUUUCUGUGGAAUGCAAAAGAAGAUCAUUUGAGAAAUGUUGUUUGUCCAUAUAAUGAAAGUCAGUGAGCUCCAAUGUUUUUUGGUUCCCAACAUUAUCCAAAAUAUUUUCUUUUGUGUUACACAGCAGUAAGAAAGUAAUACAGGUGUGGAAUGAGGUGAGGGUGUCGAUCUGUCCCUUUUAUUGAUAAACUAAAUCUCAUACAAAUAAUGAAAUUUAAAGCAGAUUUAGGAACAUGUGGCUCACAGGGUCAGGGGCCAAUGUUCAAGGUUAGGGUCACUGGUCAACAUGAUUCACUAGUUAUGACAUGUUGACACAGGUUUAGACAAACACCCCACAGCCUUGUUUUGUGCUCAUUUAUGCAGCAACCUGAUUAGACAUCAGUUUAGUGACUCUGGAAUGUCAAAAUAUAAAAACAGGAAACGUACUUCCUGAAAUAAAUAUUCAAACGAAGCACGCAUCAUUCAGAAACUGUAGUGCAUUGUUUUCUUCAUUUGUGUGUAUCUAUGUAACACGCUUGUAGCGCUGCUGCUGAUCUGUCAAUCAUCGGUCACUCAGGGGCGCGUGGACACACACAGCCGCUUCACCGCGCUUUAUUCUGACCUGGAGCACGAAGAAUAUCUCGGAAAUAUUAUAUUUCGCAGAUCACUAUUAUUUUUCUCGGCUUAGCACGUUCCAGUCGAUGUCUUAUUUACUGUCGUGCGCGCUGUGGUGACUGACGCACCCCUCUGUGAGAGAUGGUUCAGCCCGCGCUGCAGGUUUCGCGGCAUCGCUUCCUUUGAUCGCAUCACGCGACAGCACCGGAGAAUCUGAGGUGUUUUCACCGGAUCGCGCUGAGAGGAGGCUGCAGCGGCGGCUCCGGGGCUCUGACGUCACUCGCUCUCCGCCGCUGAUGCUCCGGUGAUGAAGGCUGACAUUGGACGCGUGCUCCGCGGUGAAACAUGACACAGACCGAAACCGAGAGGCGGCGGCGCGUGUCCUCGUGAGUCUGACCGGUUUGACCGGCAUCAGAAUUCACCGAUCCUCGAUGCGUCUCUGCGCCAGCGGAUUAUCAUUCAUUUUUCUGAUGCUUUCAUGGACUGUUUUAUGAGAAACAGCCGCAGGACUUCAUGAUUCUGAGCCGCAGCGUCUGAUGGUGAGCUGCGAGUGUCCAGAGCUGUCAGGAUCCGGAGAGGAACGUUAAACCGGCCGCAGAUGAAGGAGGCGUGUCGCAUCUGUGCGCGCGAGCUGCGCGGAAACCAGCGGCGAUGGAUCUUUCAUCCGGCCGCCAAACUCAACCUGCAGGUGCUGCUGUCUCACGCGCUGCGGCGCGGUCUGCAGCGGGACGGGCGCCGCGAGUUCAUCUGCAGCAAGUGCUGCUUCAUGCUGGACCGCAUGUUCCGCUUCGACACGGUGAUCGCCCGCGUGCAGGCGCUGUCCCUCGAGCGUCUGCGCAGACUCCUGCAGGAGAGAGAGCGUCUGCGCCAGUGCAUAGCUGCGCUUUAUAACAAAAACAAUGGGCUGGAGUCAUCGGGGGCGACGGAGGCGGUGGGCGGCGAGUACUGCGCGCUGCUGCAGGAGGACCUGAUGUACUGCAUGCAGGAGUCCUGGGCAGGAGACGAGGAGGAGGCGCUGGAGUGCUCCCACAAUCCUCGCUGCAGCCGGCGCUCACACAGGUGCAGGCUCUGCAGAGCGCUGCGUGUGCCCGACUCGCUCUACGAGGCUGUGUGUAAGGUGCCCAGGAAGGUGGCGAGGAGCGUCUCCUGCGGCCCGUCGUCGCGUUACUCGGCCAGCGGCGCUGAGGAGCAGACCGUGACCUCAAACACGCUCCUGCCGAGCGAGUCUGUCAGACGGUCAGCGCACACUCCUGCACCGCGAGAGCUCCGCCGACUCACUGCAGUCGCUGGACAAGAAUCACAGAGCGUCUGAGGAGCGUCUCGGAGCGUCUGAGCGUCUCGGUGCGUCUGAGGAGCGUCUCAGUGCGUCUGAGGAGCGUCUCGGUGCGUCUGAGCGUCUCGGUGCGUCUGAGGAGCGUCUCGGAGCGUCUGAGCGUC